CAGCUGUUCUCAUAAACAGGAUCAUGUGGGAUUGCGCUGGAUCAGUGCAUAUCAAUCCCAUAGAAAUGCCGCAGCUGUGCAAUUGUAAGACUUCGUUGCACGCUACCGGGCAUGUUACACCGUCCAUACAGCCGACAUCCGCUAUCCGAUUUCACAGUAUUGAAGAUCCAUUUACCGUUAUCCAAUGGCGAGCAUCAUCAUCAUUUGACAAGGCUCGUUUAUUCCCCGUACAGUAUGGAGGGUAUGGAUCAGACUGAUGCGGAUAGUCCCGUUGAUUUCAGCUACCACAUGCAUCCCGAGAAGAACUCAACGAGUCUAGAGCGCACUUUGACAUGGUUCACCGGGUUCUCGUGUGCCGCGGCCAUCGUCUUAAACGGCCUGAUCCUGACGGUGUACAUUUUGCAGGCAUCGUUGCGCUCGCCGUUCAACGCCUACAUCGCGAAUUUGGCCGCGGCGGAGAUUCUGUACAGUUUACUCGGUACUCCAUGGAAUAUUGUGAGGAAUUUGUAUGGGUAUUGGCCGUUGAGUUUUGAGUUGUGCUCGUUCUACCUGUACGCUAGUUAUGUUCUGAAUUCGGCUAUUCGUUAUGGGCAUCUACUGGUGACAUUCAAUCGAGUAUGGGCGGUUACGUUUCCAAUUCAUUACAGGGAAAAGCAUUCAUAUCCAAUAGCCCGUACACUAAUCUACGGAACCUGGUGUCUUCUGCACGCCCUGCAUUUACCCUUACUAAUCCGCGGCCGUCUCCGUCCAGACGAGACAGACGCCUACUGUGUCUUAAACGUCUCCUUCCAGUGGCGUUACUCCAUUGUAGUGGAAAUUAUCGGCUUCUCCGGCACCGAAGUGGUAAUGCUGUUGGCCUGCUUUUUUAUUCUCUUCAAGGUCAUGACCAAUCGGUCUAAGCGAGAAGUGCCGGUGAAAAGCGGCAGAUUACGACACUCAGCGACGGAAACCGAUUCGCUGCAUUCGACGUUAACGGUGCAGCAACUGAACCUUGAGAAGAACUCCUGUAUGCGGAUAUGUACGAAUACACACAACCGUUUUCUCGUGUACUUGAUGGUGGCUGUGAUCGUGUGCUGGACACCGAAUCAUGUCUACUGGUUGAUGGUCGGUUUUGGCGGAUACUGGAACACGACGUUCUGUGCUAUUCAAAACUUCGCCAUCAUCACCAACUCGUGGCUGAAUCCGAUACUGUGCUACUUGGCUUUGACAAAGUUUCAAGUUGCUAUCAAUAGUUUGUUCAAAUACCGCAGAAAAGCGAGGUUAUGUUGUCCUCCCCAUCAAUGACAAGCGCACAAAAUACGCGCACUUAAAAGUGCACAAGUUUAAGGCUGCGAAGACACUAGUAUCUGAAAUAGUCACAAUUUAUAUGUGAAAAAUAUUUUUCUGUGAAUUUCUGAGAAUGGGAGAGGUUACUUAAACGUAAUCACCGGAAUACAUACGGCGCUGAACGGUUAAAAUGAGCACCGUAUUGUGAGAUACGGUU